AUGAGCGAGGACGAUUCAGAUAUGGAUGCGACGUCAAGCAACCAAUUUUCAGACGCCAUGGGCUUGGGCAAAGAUGUCCCAGAUACCAGUAGUGAUGUUGAAACUAUUCUUGGGAGAGAAAUAGAGAGUGUGGCCAGUUCACAGCCUGAGCACAUCGCUGAUGGGGGUUCCGAGGGCUACAGUGAUUAUGCGGUGGAUGCAGUAGAUGAUUUUGGAACCGGGCUUGACCUGGACUUUGAAUCACUCGGGUUUCUGGACAAAGAUAGGCUGGCACACUUACACGAAGCUGCAUGGGAUGUACCCAAUGACCUUGAUGGUAGUGAUACCAAUGCCGAUCCAACUGAAGCUGAAGAGGUUCUUCCUGAUGAGGACGAACAUGUCAUUGAUGAAAAUGACGACUUCGAGGAUUUUGGCAAGAUUGAUUGGGAAAAGUUUCGUGGUUUUGGCAAGGACAGGAGGUUAUCUGCAUGGGAUGAGCUUAGUGCAGGCUAUUACCAGCAGUUUUCCAGUAUUGCUGAGAAACUUGAUGCAUAUGAUCUUGCUAUCUGUCGAGCAUUCUCCUACAAGGUUCAGACAAGUACCACCGACUGA